AUGGACGACCUCGCUAGCGUUUGCAGCACAAGCACGGCGGCGGCUCCAAUCGACCCGGCCGAGUACUGGCGACAGUACCACUCAGUGCAGCUCAAAGAGAAGCACUGGGCUAGCGAGUCGGACGACACGGACGUCGACUCCUGGCGCGAUACGGACCGCUCUUGGGGCGUGUCUGGCGCCACCGGGUACGGCGCGUCGUGGGGCGCCGCCAACAGCGCGGGAUGGGGCUCCUCUACCAUUCCCGCCGCCGCGCCAGGGCCGGCGCUGUCCGGAAGUCAAGCAGCAGCAGCAGGUGCAUCAGCGACGGGUGCAGCAGCAACCGCAGCGGCAGGAGCAGUGACGGCGGCAGAGGCGAAGAAGAAAAAGGCGGCGAAGAAGGCACCUGCUGCAGCGGCGUCCUCCCCCACUGCCGCAGCAGCGGCGGCGCAGAAGAAACAGCCGCUGGCGAAACCCGGAAGCCCCGCGCCCACGGCGACAAAGAAAAAGAAGAAGAAAGACGUCGUGGGCCCUGGUGUGGCAUCUGUGUCGCCGGGUGGCGUUCUCGCCGGUUACAGCGUCAGCGGUUACAAACCGCCGUCGGUGGUAACCACCGCGGCGACCGCAGCUAGCACGAGCUCCACCCGUUCGGUGGCAGGAAGCAGCAGCGCAAUCCCCUGGUGGGCUUCGCUGGGCGGCGGCGCGCCGGCCGCAACUGCCGCCACUCUUGCCGGCAGCAGCAGUGCGCCUGGCAGCACGACCUCCGUGCCCGCAUCUCCGUCGCCCCGCGUUCCGCCAAUGGCGCCCCUUCCGUCAGCGGCUGCGCAACAACCACCUCCGCCUCAUCAACCCUCCUUUCCGCCCCACGCCCCCGCGCCUUUCACUCCCUCCGCCCCGCAUCUCCCCCAGCAGCCCCAAUCCUUCCCCGCUCCGCCACAUUCCGCGGGGCCUUCCGCCCCGGGGGGCGCACAUGGACCAGCGGCGCAGCAGGUGGGGCUCGGAGGGAGGCAAGGCGGGGAGUGGUGGGAGCGUGAUGUUGCCAGCCAAACAGGGCCUGUGGGCCAGAUGGGGGCUGCCGGCCAACGGCCUCCACCGAGCCCCAGCCUGCAGCCAAGUGUAGGCCCACACCCAAGCAUGGGCCCUCAGCCCAAUGCCCCCCACCACUUGGCCGCGCCCCAGGCAGUGCGUAUGCUGUCCGCUGCGCCCUCCAUGCCCCCGCCGCAGGCGCAGGCGCCAGCGCCAUCCGCAGCAGCGCCAUGGCGACCAGCGCCCGCUGCAGCAGCAGGCGCAGGCGCAGGCGCGGGAGGGGCAGGCGGAGCGGGGCAGGGAGCAGGGUUACCGGUGGCGGCAGGAACGGGCGCGCAGCGUUGGGGGGGCAGCCAAGGACCGCCACAGGCGCCGCGCACCCCCUCGGAUUCAGGCUCGGACGCCAGCCGGUGGCGCACCAAGGACUCUGGCUCCGAUGCAAGCCGGUACUCCGCUCCCGCUGCGCCUGCUCCUCCUGCUGCCCGCGCUGCUGCUGGUGCUUCCGCGGGCACGGCGUGGGGUGCUAGCGCGGCUGCCGCGCCUGGCACUGCGGGCGUUGGCUCCGACGGCAGCAGCUGGCGCCGCAGCGACUCCUCUUCUCCCUCCACGCACCCCGCUCCUCUCGCUGUUAACGUGCCUGCCGCUGCUGCUGUCUCUGCCUGGGAUGCCACCCCUGCGCCCUCAGGCGCGUCUGCCUCUGCCACCACUGCUGCGUUUCCAAGCGCAGGUGCUGGCGAUGCUGGUGCCACGGCGGCGAGCAGUGCAGGCGUGGAGGGGCAGGUGGCGGGCAAGGUGCCGAUUUACGAUGGGUGGGGGGAUGUCAUCGGGUGGAAGGACGCGCCUGUUGCUGCUGCUGCUGUCCCCGCCGCUGCUGCCACUGGCGCGGCUGCUGACGGGGCUGCGGCUGGGGCUGCUGCUGCUGACGCUGGUGCUCAGGAGGGUGAGUAUGCGGAGGGUGACUAUGGCGAGGGGGAGUACGGGGAAGGGGAGUAUGGAGAGGGGGAGUAUUGGGAGGGGGAGUAUGCGGAGGGGGAAUACGCGGAAGGGGAAUAUGGGGAAGGGGAAUACGCGGAAGGGGGGUAUGCGGAGGGGGAGUAUGGCGAAGAGGGUAACGCUGCUGGCGAUGGUUACGCUGAAGGGGGUUAUGGGGAUGGUGGGGGCGGCGGUGGCGCUGCUGGCGGUGAUGGUGGCGGUGAUGGUAGCGCUGCUGGCGGUGAUGGUGGCGGAAAGGAUGCGGACAGCGCUUUGGAAGGGGGAAAGGUGGAAGAAGAUGGGGGAAAAUCAGGUGGGGCGAAUGAAGAGGCGCAGGAGGGGGACGAUGAGUUUUGGGAUGCGGAGGAGGGAGAGCUGGAGGGGAGUGUGGGCAGUGGCAGCGGCGGCGAGGGGACGGGCAAGGAGGCGAGGGGGCAGCAGGCGCAGUUUGGGAAGCAGGCGUCUUCCGCCCAGGCGGUGCCAGUUCAAGGAGCAGUGGGAGUCAGCGCUGCCUGGUCUGACGCCAAGUCAGACCUCAACAGCCAAUGGGGCGACAGCGCCGGCGCCAGCUGGCAGAGAAGCAGCGGCUGGGGGGGCGCAAAUAGGGGUAGCGCCAGCGUGGCAGGGGGGAAAGAGGGUGCGGAGUGGGGGGAUGCUGCGCCCAGCAGCGGCAGAGGCUCGGGCCGAACCUCUGGCAGGUAUGUGCCGCCGAGCAAGCGGGUCGGCGGGAGAGGGCAGGGUGAGGCGGCAGGUGGGGGGUCGAAGGGAGGGGCGGAGAGGAGCGCGGGGGUGGGGGCUUCCGCGUGGGAGAGGAGCAGCGGGGGGCUGAGCGCUGUUGGUGGCGCUGGUGGUGAGACUGGUGGUGCGUCCACGUGGGAGAGAAGCAGUGUGGGCGUGAGCACUGCCGGUGGUGCUGCUGCUGGUACUGUGUCGACAUGGGAGAGGAGCAGUGCUAGCGGGAGUGCUGCUGCCGAUGGUGCUGUUGCUGCUGCUGCCGGUGCUGGCGCCUCCACGUGGGAAAGGAGCAGUGGCGGCCUCAGCCCUGCUGCUGUUGAUGCUGCUGGCAGUGGCGGUGGCACUGGUGAUGGCUGGGGAGUGAGCGCAGUCAAGGGGGAUUCGGGAAAGGCUGGGCUGGAGUGGCGAAGGAAGGACGGCGUGUCUCGCUCUCAUUCUUCCACGUCCUCUCAUUCCGCUGCAGCAGCAGCGGUGGCAAACAGCAGAGCAGGGGCUGCUGGAGGGGGUCCUGUGGUGACCAGCAACGGGGAAGGAUGGGGGGACGGGGGAGGAGGCGGAGGAUGGGGAGCUGCAGCAGCAGCAACCGGUGGUGGUGGUGGUGGUGGUGGUGGUGGUGGCACUGGCAGCAGUGGGAACGCAAUGGCUGGGGCAAGUGGAGGAGGCGGGGGAGCAGUGGACAGCUGGAGGGCGUUUGGGGAGCAGAGGCGGGCGGAGCUGGGGGAGGGCGGAUCUGACGAGGACAUCUGGAAGCAGCAGGAGGAGGACGAGCAGCUCGCGCGCCAGUGGGGGGGCGCGGAUAGCGCCGGCUGGGGGGGAAGCAAGGGCGGGGGGGCGGGCAGUGGCGGAAACAAGGGUGCGGGGACGGGUGGGGGCAGAAACAAGGGCGGGGGGCUGGGCGGUAGCAAGGGUGCGGGGAGCAGGGCAGGGCGAGGGGAGGGUGAGGCUGCAGCGGAAGGGAAGUGGAGGAGGGGUAGUGGCGGGGCAGAGGGGAAGGGCGGGGAGUGGAGGAAGAGCAAUGAGCAGGAGGCAAUGGUGCCUACUGUGGUGCCUCCAGUGGUGCCCAUUCCCAUGGUGCCCCCCAUUGUGGCGCACAAGGAGAUAGACGGGUGGGAGGCGGGCAGCAGGGGCGACAGCAGCGCGUGGGAGACAGAGAGCAACACCUCUGCCGUCUCGUCACUCAAUAAGGGCCUGCGCGCCUGGCAGCACGUCGCUACAGCCUCAGCUGCAGCGACAGAUGUUGUCCCAGCGGUAUCAGCGGCUGUAGCGCCGGGGAGCGUGGUAUCAGAGCGAUCAGCGACGGACAGCAUUCUCUCGGCUAUUGGGCUCAAGGCUGGGACCAGCGCUGAGACGUCUCUAACGCCUGAGACUAGCGGUGCAGGUAACCCUGAUGGGAGCAGUGGCAGCAGCAAGGUGCGUGGGAGCGAGGGCUUGAGAGCGGAUGCACCACCCUUCCCCUCUGCUGCCUCGUCCUCUUCCCUCCCUUCCCCCCUCCGUGCCGAUGCCAGCACGUUCCUCCGAGCAGAUGCGCCCUCCUUCAUCCGUGCGCAAGCACCUUCUUUCAUCAGUGCCCAGGCGCCUUCUUUCAUCAGCGCCCAGGCGCCUUCUUUCAUCCGCGCAUCCGCCCCCCCAUUCACCCCAUCGACCCCCUCCCCUCCUCCCGGCCACGUCCCCGCCCCCUCCACUGUCUCCGCCCCGGGGGCUCUCUCUCCUGCUCCACCGCACCCCACCUCCAUGCCCACCUCUCCACCCACCUCCACACCUUCCUCUUUCAUCGGCCAAUCCCCUGCUUUUGCGGAUCCUUCCGGCCAAUCGUACGGCGACACGGGGGUCUCCUGGCCGGCUAUUCCCCCAUCCACCGCCUUCCCAUUGCUCGCCCAGCCUGGAUUGCCUUCUGCUGCUGUCCCGCUCCCCCCCGCUUCUGCCCACGGCCUCCCACCUGAUCCUGCUAUAGCCGGAGUGAGCAUGGGCAAAAGCAUGGGCAUGGGGAUGGGGAUGGGGAUGGGCAUGAGCAGGGGCACAGGCGCUUUUAUUGCCGCAACUGGUGGCGGGAGUAUGGGGGAGAGCGGGGAGCAGGGCGGGGGUGGGGGCAGCAGGGCGGAGGAGUGGGUGGGGACAGGCGGUAGUCUGGGCCGGGGUGGCCCUGCAAGUGCUGCAAGCCGUGCAAGCCGUGCAAGUCCCUCUGCUGCAAGCUCUGCUACUGCGAAGCAAGCAACUGCUUCAAUCCCUGCUACAGCUGCGCCCAGGGCCCAGAACCCCCAGCUCCCCACGGAGAUCGGCAGGGGGGUGAUGGCAUCACCAGGAGCAUCCUCCUGGUCUCAAUCCGGGUACGGCCCGCAGUCAGAGCUGCACUCGAGUGUGCUAAGACUGCCGGCAGCAGGGGAGGGGGGCAGUGAGUACAUCCCCCCUGUGAGCGAGCUAGAUGUGGAUUUCUCAGAUAGUGUGAGCAAUGCUGGUGCGGCUGAUAGGGCCCGCGCUGCUGCCGCUGCUCUUGCUGCUGCUGCUGCCGGGGGUAGGGCGGCUGGUGGCAGUCGGUUCGGCCCUGGUGGUGCUGCUGCUGCUCGUGCUGCUGUUGGUGGUGGUUCUGGUGCUGCUGCUCCUGCCGCUGCCGCUGCGGCUGGUGGUGCUGGUGUUCCACCCCGGGGGCAAGCGGUGGGUGGACUGCUGGGUGAAUACGAGGACGACGAGGAGGACGACGAGUGCGCUGGUAGGGAUGUGGAAGGCGAGGAUGACGAGGAUGACGACGAUGACGAAUUAGGUGCGGAGUCGGCAUUCGACUUGACCGCCACGGACUACAAGCACUCGCCCGCCGUCGCCCUCUUUCUCACCGACCUCAAGAAGCUGUCUGCCGAUCAGAUCAAGGCGCAAGAUCGCGAGUACAAGUGCCCGGCGUGCAAGGGCGGCAAGGGAGAGACGGACUGGUGGCCGGGGAUCCGCGCGCUGCUGCAGCAUGCAGAGACGAUCCGGUCGCGGAAAAUUGGCGCGCACCGGGCGUUUGCUGCUGCCGUGCACAUGGAUUUGCGGGAGAGAGGGGUUUUUCUGGGGGGUGGGGGGCCGGGGAGGGAGGGGCAGGAGGGGGUGCUGCAGGGGCAGUGGCGGGGGGUGGGGGGAAGGAGGGCGGAGGAGGGGAAUGCGACGGUGCUGUGGCCGCCUGUGGUGGUGAUCCGGAACACCCGCCUGCGACCCGAUGAGGAUGGCCGGGUGGGUUGUGGUGAUGGAUGGGUGCGUGAUGGAUGGUUGUUUGAUGAUAGGCGGGUGCAUGGUGAUGGCGGGUGCAUGUGGAUAGGCAUGGGCAGUUAUGAGCUCAGGAAGCACUUCGAGCACUACAAGCUUAUAGUCAAGACCAAGCAUGCCUAUGGCCCUCAGGGCCAUCGCGGCAUGAGCAUUCUGGUCUUUGACGCCACUCCUGACGGAUUCAAGGAGGCCGAGCGCCUGGCACAACAGUUCGAGAGGGAGGGGCGCGGGCGCUUGGAGCUGGCACGGCGGUCGGCGCCGCUGGUGGAUCGGUCGGGGAAGCGCAACCUGUUCGGGUACCUUGCCACCCAGCAGGACGUUGAUGAGUUCAACCGGUGCUGCAAAGGCAAGGCAGCUCUGAAGGUGGAGGUGAAGAGGAGGAGGGAGGUGGUGGAGGAACCGCUGCGGCGCAUGCGCGAGCAGGCAAUGCAGGCCGGCAUGUACAAGUCUCAAGUGGUGGAGAUGUCGCACAAACUGGUGGAGGUGAAGAUUGAGAAGCACCAGCUGCAGGAGCGGGUGGAGGAGGAGAAGGAGCGGCGGCAGCAGCUGGCCUCGGAGCUGGAGGGCGAGAAGCAGCAGCGGCAGCACCUGGAGAGCACGGUGCUCAAUGCGGCCAAGCUGAUGCACAUGAAGGAGGCGGAGCUGCAGGCCGUGGUGGCGCGCAACAAGCAGCUGGCGGCGCAGCACAAGGAGGAGGUGGCGAGUUUGGAGGAGGCAUACGCAAGGAGCUUGGAGGAGAGGGAGAGGAGUAAGAGGGCGGUGGAGGAGAGGGAGGCGGACCUGGAGUGGCGGGGCAAGGUGGCUAAUGAGCAGCACGUGGCUGCCGCCCGCACGCUGCAGCGCCAGCUGUCCAGCUCCUCGGAGCUCAGCGACGACCACAGCAGCGCCCUGCGUGGCAGCCUGCACGCUGCAGCGGUCUUCCAAGCGGGCCUGGCCCAGCUGAAGCAGCAGCAGCACGAGCGGCUGCUGCAGUUCCGGCAGGGCGUGAAGCAGGCGGAGCUGGCGCUGCUGCAGCAGCUGGAGGAGGAGAGGGUGCGGUUCGUGGAGGAGUGUGAGGCGCUGAGGGAGGAGAGUGAUGCGGCGCUGGACCAGAUCGAGUGCCGCGGUGUGGACCAGAUCGAGUGCCGCGGUGUGGACCAGAUCGAGUGCCGCGGUGUGGACCAGAUCGAGUGCCGCGGUGUGGACCAGAUCGAGUGCCGCGGUGUGGACCAGAUCGAGUGCCGCGGUGUGGACCAGAUCGAGUGCCGCGGUGUGGACCAGAUCGAGUGCCGCGGUGUGGACCAGAUCGAGUGCCGCGGUGUGGACCACACGAGGCGCAUGGGGGGUGCGCAUGGGGAGGGGAGUGGGAGUGAGGUGGGGGGAGAGUGGUCUGGGAAUGAGGCUGGGAGAGGUGAGGAGCUAGGGAGUGAGGUGGGGAGCGGGAAUGUGGGGAGUGUGGUUGAGGGAGGGGAGGGGGCAGGGAGUGUUAAAGGGGAAAGAACAGUGGAUGGAGAGGAGGGCGGAAAGCAAGAAGAAGGGGUGGAGGAGAGCGAGGUGGUAGACAUGUGUGGGGAGCAGGGAGAUAAGGAACUGAGUGGAGCGACUGUAGGGGAGGAUGAGGAUGAGGAGGAACGGGUGGUUUGUGGAAGGGCCGAGGAGGGAGGAGAGGAGGGAGGAAAGGAGGAAGGCGCAGAGGGAGAAGAGGGUGAAGGGCCGGAGAUACAAGGGAAGGAAGGAGAGGAGGUAGGAGAGGGAGGUAAGGUAGGAGAAGAGGACAAGAAGGAGAGCGGGAUGGAAGAAGGUGAGGGACAGGUGGAAGAAGAGGAUAAAUGGGUGGAGGAACGAGGGGAGAAAAGAGAGGAGGAAGGAAGGACGGAAGGAGGGGAGGAAGAUGGGAAGGGUCAAGAGAAGCUGGGAGAGACAGAAGGGGAGGAGGAAAUGGUGGAGGAAGGUGGAGAGGGAAGAGAUGCAGAAGGGGAGGCAGAAAGGGACGCAGAAAGGGAGGUGGAAGGGGAGGCAGAUGGGGAGGCAAAGGAAGAGGCAGAGGGAGAGGCACAAGGGCAGGCAGAAGGGGAUGCAGAGCGGGAGGCAGAGGUAGAGGCAGAACUGGAGGCAGAAGGGGAGGGGGAGGGAGAGGCAGAGGGAGAGGCAGAAAGGGAGGCAUCAUGUGAGGAAAGGAAUGGUGCAAGUGAGGGGAUGAAUGCGGAGGGGGAAGAGGGAGCAGUGGAAGAGGAGAAUGGAAGGGGGACCGAGGGAUUUGUCGAGAAGGUGAAUGAAGGUGGCGAUGGAUUGGCUGGGAAGUUGGCUGAGGAGGGGAGAGAGAUAGUAUUGGACGGGUUGAAUGAGGAGGGGGGAAACAGAGUAACUGAGAAGGCGAGUAACAGCACCGAGGCAGUUGAGGUUGACGGGUUGGAGCAUGAAGUGCAGGAGGGUGACGUGCAGGAGGGUGUUGUGCAGGAGGGUGACGUGCAGGAGAACGGUGAUGUGCAGGAGGGUGAUGUGCAGGAGAACGGUGAUGGUGGGCAUGCGAGUGGGGUGGAUGGAGGGUGUGGUGGAGAGGGGGAGCGAGAGGUUGGGCAGAUUUCAGUAGAGGUGGCGCACGUGAGUGGAAUUGAUUUAGAUGAGGGGCAACAGCAGGGUGAUGGAAAAAGAGUCGUUUUUCCUCCAUUGAGGAACAUGGAUUAUUGGACUACCGACCUAGCAUCCAUUUUUUUCUCCUAA